AUGUACUGCGAUGAACCCACCGUGGGGCAGAUGCUUUUUGAGGCAUCGCGUCGUCUCGUGGCAAAUUAUAUGAACACACAUCAGGGAGGAGCUAUCCCAAUUUGGGUUUUCAUAACACUCUUGCUAAAUUGUGUAUUUGGCUUACCAGGGGGCGAGUCUCGGGGUAGCGAUGUCACUCUCGGGAGCCUGGAUAGUAUGAUUAGCCUGGCUCGCAUCAUCGAGUUAGGACCUCCGAUGGAUUCGGUAGAUCAAGCGUCCACUGCGGAAGAGAUGUGGCGCAGCUACAUAGAGGCCGAGUCUCAUCGUAGGUCCAUCCUCUGUUUUAUUGUGGUCAGUGGGCUAUGGUCAGUAGCCUAUGAGCCCAUAGUCAACGUUGUCGACUUUCCGUUCAGCCUGAUCGAAUUCCCCUGGUCUGAAACACUCUGGAAUGCGAGGUCUGCAGCGCAGUGGCAGGGGCUGUGGAAAUAUCCACAACACAAAUUUCCCGGAAGCUGGUCAGAUAACGUGGAGGCUUUGCUCUUCGGCAAGCCACGCCCGUUCAAUGGACUUGCAUCGCUAUGCCUUCUCGUUGGGCUUCUUCUUUACAUCGAUGGGAUUCACCGCGAGGCCACCCUAGAUCCGGUCGAUAUGAACAUGUACUUGCAGCGUGCACUCGAUAAAUGGUGGGAGAUGCACGACCGCACCAGCCCCGAGAACCUGGCCAUCAAUCACCUCUGCUACCCUGCGGCGUAUUACCUCCGUAUCUCGCUCUGUCUAGAUAUCAGAAAGACAAUGAAUCUCAUGCGGGCGAAUCAAUUCUUUGCCAUGCGCGCCGUACUCCGGGAGGGAGAUCUGUCCGGGGCGGCUUCCUUUGCAAGAACGGCGAUGAUUCCUUGGGUUAUUAGUCGCCGAAAUCAGUCAUCCAUGGCAGCUAUUCCGUGUGGCGUCGUCAUCACGGAGUGGGCAAUUAAUGUACUUGAAAAUCAACGUGACUCGCCGGAGAAGGAUGCCCUACUGGCUUUCGAGGACUCCAUUCGAGCCUACUGGCCUGUGGCCUCUUUUGAGUCACCUAUCGCAGUGUGGAGAGCCAUCCGGAGAAUAGUAUUCAAUGGUCCUGGUAUGUGA